AUGAUGCCAGGACUGACGUUCUCGAACGAGCUGAUCUCGCGGGACGAAGGCCUCCAUGCAGACUUCGCAUGCCUCAUCUACCAGAUGCUGCAGCACAAGCUCCCGGAGGAGAUCGUGCACGACAUCAUCCGCGGCGCGGUGGAGGUGGAGCGCAAGUUCAUCUGCGAUGCUUUGUCCUGCGACUUAGUCGGCAUGAACAAG